UCUCUUUCUGUGAAUCUUCAUUACAUCUGAAGGUCUUUUCCAUUUUGGCGAACUUUCAGACAUAGCCACAAUUUCCUUGAGUUAGAACUGUCAUUGAUCGAACAAUGAAAUAUUCGCGCCCAAUUCCAACAGGAAGUCAUAUAUUGAAAACUAAAACCCAGGCCGUUCCGGUAACGGUAUACGCUCUGGUCCCGCCGUUUGUCCUAGAUUUUUAACCCAUGGUGACUAUCAUAAAUUUCAUUACAUAGAUUGCGACGUGUCAGUUAUAGAAGUUUCUGGAUCACAAGCGGUUGAAGACGUUAGAAACAUGGAUGCGUCUAAUUUCGUUCUGAGUGGAGAUUUCGGUUAUGUCGUUCUAGUAAUGAUAUUUUCCGUUUUCGUGUUGAUGUGGAUGGGGUUCAAAGUUGGAGCCGCAAGAAAGAAGUAUGAAGUCCCUUAUCCAGCAAUGUAUAGCAAUGAUGACAGAUUUAACUGUGUCCAAAGAGCUCACCAAAACACACUUGAAAAUUACCCAUCUUACUUGCUCAUGCAAGUUCUAAGUGGACUCUUUGCUCCAAAAAUUGCGGCUGUGUCUGGUGUGAUCUGGUGUGUCGGUAAAAUAUUUUACGCUCGAGGUUACUACACAGGAGAUCCUUCUAAGAGAAUCCAAGGAUCCUUUGCCUACAUCGGACUACUGAUCAUGCUAGUGUGUUCCGUCCUAUUUGGUCUGAACCUGCUGAAGAUUACCAACUUGUGAGCCAAGUCUUCAGAUAUGUUAACAAACAUUUUAAAUAAUACGCAAUCAUUAUCUCAUUUAUGAUUGGAUGAUAUGUACGUGUUUAGUGUGAAAUAUACAAGCAUGAGAUUCCAUAUAGCCAUAAAAACGUUAUAAGAUGAAAUGAUCAAUCUCUGAAUGAAUGAAUAUACAUGUGUAUUUUGCAAUACUGAUUGUAUGUGUACAGAGCUGCCAACCCUCACGAUUUUGGCGUAAGGCUUACGAUUUUAGGGUCGAAAAUACGCCUUACGAUUUCACUGUACAUCUUCUGAUUUUCGUUUAUUUGACAUUUCGAAAUUUUUAGAGCUGUCCGUCAUUGGUUUUUACUUUUAUAAUAAGCAAGCUAUAGUCGUUGCUAUGUUUGUUUGCAUAGUCUAUAUCUAUAUAGAGUCGAGAUAUUUUAAUGCUUUAAAAUAAACAAUAUGGCAGCUGCUACUAAAUGUAAAGCAUGUGUUGAUGGAAAUAACAACAAUACUCCCCCAAAGGAGAAAACCUAAUGGAGCUAGAAAUUUAAAGAACAAUAUGCAAGUACACUGUAAACAUCUAUUCGUUUCAAAGUCAGAAAGGGGGAGUUUGUAUAAGUGUACAAUCUGUUUGACAAACUUCAACAUUUCUCACGGCGGCGAAAAUGACAUAAAGAAACCUUGCCAGAAUAAGUGAUUCAGUAACUAAAAUUAUAUAUAUAUAAAAACUUGCCAGAAUAACUGACACAGUAACUGUAAAAUUAUGCAAUAUACUAAAGUAGCAAUAUUUUUUACACAAGUUUUAGAAAGUAAAAUCAAUAAAAGAUGUAUUUGAUCUUUUGCAGUUGUAAAAUGUAUAACAAUUAGUAUGUCUAAAUUCAUUAAAUUUGGAAUUGAAAUGUGCCUGAAAUUGCUCAGGUUACAUGUUUAUUCAUAAAAAAAACUCCAGCGGCCGGGGGUCUAGGCGGCCCCCUGACCCCCACCUUACUAUUUUCCAUUUUAUAAUGUUGUCAGCUCUGCGUGUACAUGUAAACUGCAUAUUUAUAUAAUAAACAUGUAGAUUCUAUAAUUGUAGCACUGGGUAUACAUUUAUAUAUUUCCUUAAUAAAUUAAUGAUAAUCAUAUAAA